AUGACUCCACAUCUACAGACACCCGAGAAGAGUGAAAUCCGAGGAGCGAGGAAAAUCCUUGAAUUCCUAGCAAGAGAAGGAAAAUACGACGAACCUAGGAAACUUACGACGCUCGCGGAAUGUUUUCAAGUAAGCGAGAAUCGAGUCUCUACGAUAUACCGCUCUCUACGAAAUCGCCGGCGAUAUUCAGAAGGAGAGGAUCCUAGAGGAGGCUACCGCGGAGACGAUGUUCUAAGACUAGGAGAGGAGAAUAUAAGCGACGCUAUACAUGCGAUUAAGGACAACGACUACGAGGGACAUGACCUAGAUUACGGCGCUUUACGCUACGAAGCUACUCUCCCUAAUGUUUCUACUAGAACAAUACGAUAUAGUCUACGUAAAGAGGGUAUAGGACGCUAUAUCGCGCGUAUAGAGGACGAGCUAGAUUAUAAACACGUACAACUACGUAUAAAAUUCGCUCUAGAACAACUAGAAAUACGACCAAAAUCUAUCGAUUAG